AUGGCGACUUCAUCCGUGACAACCAAAGGCUUGAACCAGGAAGGGAUGGAGCAAGGGUCCUUUCCGGCGCUUCAUUGUUCCGCGGGACAGCGCCUAGGGGACAGCCGCAGCACUGCGCCAAGUUCGAGUAGCUCGCGUGGGCAUUCCGCCGACGACCUAGCCGCUGGCGGCACCAAGGUCAGGAAGAGCCACGAGGCUCCUCUCCAACUCCGGUCGCCGGUCCCGGGAUAUGAUACGGUCAACGAGCUCGCCGCAGCGGCGCCGAAGGACACAAGCGCGAAGAGCGCUGGAUCGCCCUCGGGGGGAAGGAGACGCCGCAGCCCCUCGGGGGAUGUAACGGCUGCGGGGGCCGGCUCGGAAUCCGGGACGGUGAGCCCGCCGAGCAGCUCUGGAGGUCGAAGCACCAGCUUGGAGAACCUCGUUUCAAAGGCCGAGGUGGCGAGCGAUGGAACCCUAAAGUGGAACAGCGUCUACUGCAAGCACUUCCUUUUUGGCCGCUGCGCGAGAAGACGGUGCCGAUUCCUUCACGGAGAUGCCGAAGUCGUGCAGCAGCAAAGGCGCCUUCUCGAAAUGGCCACGGCCGCUGCUGCUGCGGUAGCCUCUACGACCGGUACCGGGCAUAACGACGACUCCGCGACCAAAAACGGAGGCGCAACCAACUCACGACCGUCUCGCGAUCGAAAGGCUCCUGCAAGCGGCACAGGAGGUGGUGGCGCAGUGCUAGUCCGGAACGAGGACAGACGUGAGGAUGCGAACGAGCAAGGAAGCCGCUUCUUUGGCUCGCAUGCGGGAGGCACACCUCAUCAGCAUCAACGACGCGGCUCCCACGGUGGUUUCAGCGCCAUGGGGCCGACUCCCCCCAACCGCUUCGUACACUACCAGCCAGUUGGGCGCUCUAUGAACGGACCGAUCCACGCGGAAGUGGAGAAUCAACGCAAACAGGGCUCUCCCAACGGCAGUGGCCAUCGAGGACCACCCGGCGUGUCUGGACACUCCUCGUUCGUCCCCUUCUACAGCAGUGGAGCACAUGCCGGAGCGCCGAUUCCCUCGUCCUCUCCUUUGGGCGCCUUCCUAAGCUCAUCGUCCGUCUUCCCGCAGGGACGCGGGGCGGCUCUCGGCGACUCCUCCAACGGAAACCCGAACUUCUACUCGUCGCAGGCGUACCUCAGAAAUGGCCAAAACGCCUCUUGGAGCGUUCCCAGCUCCGUGCCCCCGCCGCCGUCUUCAGCGCCUGCGCUCCCGUAUGCGUCUUCGGGUUCACUCUACGGCAUGCGGCCCGCGGGGGAACAGGCGGACGAUAUGCGCCGCCCUCCUACCGCGUGCAGAAAUUCCAUGCAAGGUUCCCACCCACCGCGACGCGAGUUGGACUUUGCUCAAGCGAUGGCAUUCGCCGCGGCUGAACAGCUCACCCGCAACGAGGAGAAUUUCGCGGCGGCGAAGGCCGCGUCAGCGGCGGCCCAGCUGCUGGCUGCACAGAUCGAGUCCUCUCAGAUGACUCACGGAGACGGCGCGCGCUUGGCGGUGCAAUGCCAGGGCGGUUUCCCAUACGGCGCAGGGACGAUACCCUUUCAAGGUGUCUUCGCGGGGUCGCCCGCAACUGCACCAACGGAGCUGCGAUUCGUCCAGGCUGCUGAGUCUUUGGCGGAGCGAUACAACCUUCCUUUCGUGACCGUCUACCUUCCGGGACAAGGCUACAUCAUCCAGUUUAUUGAAGGAGCCGGAUGCGGGAAGGCUGAUGACGGAAUCAAUGGAAUGCACCCAGACUUGAUGGAUAGCGACGUUCUCGGCAAGUUCACUGAGGACACACACGGAUGUGCAAGUCAAGGGUCUGCACAGCUGGUGCCGGCGGAUUUCAUCAGAGGCAUCUGUCAGGAUAGUGGUCAGGGGAACGAUACUAAAUCAGGAAUAGCUCUGAGUGCAAAGCCCGCAGCAGAGUCUGGAGAGCAAGCAGAUCUCGCAGGUGAAAAUGCCGUCGGACUGUCUGCGAACUCUCCAGCGACGACUCGAUCCUGGCUUGACGUUCUGAAGCAUUCCCCCUGCAAAGCGGCGGCGGGAGAGAAGAAAGCAGACCGCGCCUCGUCCGCUGGACCGACGGAGAACAAGCCAGUGCCUCCGUCUUCCUCCAAUUUCCUGGGCGUUCUUGACGGCCUCCGGGAGGUGCCUUCACCUGCUACUGAGGAAGGCUCGAGUGGCUCUCCGUCGCUCUCGUCCUCCGUCGCGCCCCAGGAGGACGAAAAGAGUACGACCAGCACAGGCUGGCCGAGUCUCACACGCGGACUCGGACAGGAGGACCGCGCGAAGGACUCGGCUGACGGCGAACAGGCGGGCGAGAGACCGCGACCGCUCUCUCCACGCGGCCCCAGGGAGCCACAUGUCUUCUCCAGAAGCUUGGGAGCCGCCGGCGGAUGGCCCAGAGGGGACGCUGGCUUGGCUGAAAGUGGGUUCGGGGGCCCCGCAGUUUCGCAGCAAGCGCACAACGCCCUGUGUGGACACGGCGCCGCCGUGGACCUCUGUCGGUACAUCGCCGCGACGGAAGGGCAGGGGGAGAGCUUGAGUCCGGCGCCCCAUUCCACGAGGUCACUGAGUAUGGUCCUUCCGUCUCAUGGGCAUAAUUCACCGCGUUCAUGCCACACAUUUUUUCCGUCAACGUCUUUCGCGAACCCGAACCAGGUUCCAGACGCCCGACCGAUGAAGGCGGAGGCGAAGAGGCCACAGUUUUCCGCAGCCGAAGGAAGCGCCGGGUUCACUCCUUGCCCUUCCCUGCCUUCGACCGGCUUGCUGCGAACAGACAAAGAAGGCUUGGUGUCUGAAGGAUUUUUCCGCUUUCCGGACUUCCCAAGACAGAGCGCGUCUCGCCAGCAAGAGGACCUCCAGAAGCUGAACGCAGGGAAGGGCGACAGUUCUUUGGCGUCUUCUCUCUUCUCCAACCCCGGAACGACUUCUCAGCAGGACUCGCUUCUGUCUCGAGUUUCUGGCACGUACGCAGCCCCUCAGCAGCUGCCCUAUCAAGCAGGCGGCGACCAUCCUCCGCUCUCUCUUCAGCAGCAGAUGGCAGUGGCCCUCUCUCAGGCUCGCACGACGACGGGAGGCCCGAACACCUUCUCUUCGGCCUCCCUGCCGUGGCUCGUCUCCGACCUGGCCGCGUCCACGACCGAGGGAGGAUGCUCAGGUCUUGGAGACGCCGCGGGCGAACUCAGCGUCUUUUCGCUGUCGACUCGAGCAGCGAAGGGUGCUGACGCGCUUGGACUGAGCCGGUGUGGCCGUCUGAACGGAGACAAUGUCGAGGGUAUCGGCACUGGCCUCUUCGCAGCAGAGGACGAGGCGGCGUUGGCGUUAAGCCAAGACACCAGCGGGCUCCUGCACCACGUGCCUGCCUCGACAGGAGCGGGGCUCAAAACCAAGUCUUCCGCGAGGAGGCUCUCCGCUGGCUGGUUUGCCGCUGCGUUUCAAAACCGCGGAGUCCCAGAUGUGCGUCCGCUCCUGGACGACUUCAGCGAAAAAGCUGGACGCGUCGGCCGCGACGACGGCGACGACAAACUGAGCAAAGUGGAGACUCACUUCACUUUGAAGGGCCUCGAUUCCAGACGAAGCAGCGGCCCCACCUGCAACCAAAACAUGUCAGGGCUCUUCCGGGACGUCCCCCUCUCUCCGACGGCUGCACUGAUCGCGUCCAUCUGGCAGAAAGCGGGAAUUGAGGAGGACGACGAAAUACCCGCGAACGCAGCACCACAGCCCCGGGCGGAGCACCCACAGCUGGGAGUGAGCACGGACUCGCAAAUCCUCUCCUCGUUCUAA